UGACAGAUGACAAAUAUCAGAUAAGUAAACAAUUGGCAAAUUCAAAAACUUAAAAAGUGCUAUACAUUUACUCUUUUAAUAAAUUUUCUUAUAAUUUUUUUAAGUAACUUAGUGCGUAAUGUAAAAAAACAACAAUGUCUUUAUCACCCCAGAAAACUUUUACGCCAAGGAAACGAAUUUUCCCAAACGUGUCCACCCCAAGUCAAUUCUCCACCCCAAAAUUGGUAAAAUGCCUCCCAAAUUUAAUCAGGACUCCUGAAUGUUUCACGAACGUUUUACUGGAAACUCCAAAAGCCCAAUCGAAAGUUCCUAAAGAAAAAUUUGAUGAAGAAUGUAACCUAAGUGUUGCAGUUCGGAUACGACCAAUGAAUGCCUCAGAACUUGCCGUUAUAGGAGCAGAAGAUGUUAUUAGAGUCAAAGACAAGCAGAUUAUUGUGUGUCCCCCUAAAUAUAACCAUCACAGUACUAGCAUAGACCAUACAUUUUCAUAUGAUCAAAUUUUUUGGUCUGUGGAUGAAAGCAACCCAAUAUAUUCGAAACAGGAAGAUGUUUUUAUGACAAUUGGAAUUCCUCUUUUAAAUAGUGCCUUUAAGGGUUUUAACGCAUGUUUAUUUGCUUAUGGACAAACAGGUUCAGGCAAAAGUUAUAGCAUGAUGGGUAAAAAUAUGUGUGAUAUAAAUGAUAUUGAUUCAGAAGAUUUCUCUGGUAUUACUCCUCGGUUCUGUAGAGAACUGUUUCGACGGGUGAGCGACUUAGAACCGGAGGCCACUAUUAGCAUAGAUGUGAGUUACUUUGAAAUUUACAAUGAAAAAAUACAUGAUCUCUUGGCUAGUCCUGCCCAAAACUCUUCUCGGGUGGCCUUAAAAGUUCGAGAACAUCCAGUUUUAGGUCCAUACAUUGUGGAUUUAACCACGCACACAGUAAAAUCUUACGCCGAAUUACGCGACUUUUUAAUAAUGGGAAACAGGAAUAGGGCAGUCGCAAGCACAUCUAUGAAUGACUUUUCUUCGAGAUCCCAUAGUAUAUUUUCCAUAGAAAUUGGCCAGUCAAAAAGUUUAGAUGAUACAGAUAGUAGCAGGAGGAGUAAAGUUAGUCUGGUUGAUUUGGCUGGAAGUGAGAGGCUGGGAUCAUCUUUUAAUAAUGAAGAGAAAAUGAAACAAGGAGUUUAUAUUAAUAAAUCUCUGUUGACAUUAGGGAAAUGCAUUUCCGCAUUGGCAGAACAAAAGAGGAAUCAGUUUAUACCAUAUAGGGACUCGGUAUUGACUUGGUUAUUAAGGGAGAGCUUGGGUGGAAAUUCACUGACCUCAAUGCUUGCCACCAUUUCUCCAUCCAGCACUCAUUUGGAUGAAACCCUCUCAACUUUAAGAUAUGCCUGCCAAGCUCGAGCAAUUAUUAACAGAGCCAGAAUUAAUGAAAGCCCCCAUGAUCGUCUAAUAAGAGAACUCAGAUCAGAAGUGGAACGUUUAAGAGCCUUAAGGCAGGACUACGAGAGACGAAGUUCUUGUUCACACUCAUCGAUCAACAGCAGCCGGGAUUCAGAAGUAGAGGAUAUUAAACUGCAACUCUCUGAAACUGAAAACAAGUUAACGGAAGCGCAACAAAUCUGGGAACAACGGUUUAUGGAAAGCAGACAGAAUCAACUAAAAGAAUUAGCGGAGGCUGAAAAGUACAGGGCAGAAUUAGAGUCGAAAGUUAGGAUACUGAAAACGGUUAAUGAAGAUGUCUCUUUGUCACCCUACAGAACGAACUUUUUGCAAGAACUUGAAGGAGUUCUAACCAAUGGCAAUGAAGAACAACCUGAAGACGACUUAGUAGAGAGCAUCAAAGAUUGGUGUAGCGAAAACGGACUGAUUUGUACUUAUAACGCCGAUCGAUUGAAAAUCGUAGAUCAUAAAAAUAGGAAACACACUCUGCUGCCAUUAAAUAACUUAAGUCUAAGCGGCUAUGAGAAUAUGAAUGAGUUUUUGACGAGUUUAAAGUGGAAGGAUACUGGUCCAACCAAAGGAUUAAGUAAAUCAGAAAUGGUGUCCUCUAUGAAUCAGAUAUAUCAAAUCUUAGGUAAUUUGCAACCACCCGAAAGUGAUAAUAAUUUAAGUCUUUUAUACGCAAGGGUUAAUAAAACCCUCCAGAAAUUCGAAACAGCCUUAUUAGGCAGUGUUAAAAAUAGUAAAACUGUGACUUUUAAUUUAGAAUAAAAAUAAUAAGUCAAUUACUUUUACGUAUUAUUGUUGUCAGUCAUGUUGUAUAAUAUUUAUUAUAUUUUAUAUUUUCAUUAAAGGUUUGUGUGAAC